CUGCCCGGCCCGGGGCUCCAGGACUGCUGCAGGCAGCCCCUCCUCUGGCGCUUGUCCCAUUUGCUGCUUUGAGUAAAUACUGUCAUCUUAGCUGCCUGGCGCUUCACAGCUUCCGGGAGGCAGUUAAAGUUGCAGUGCGCAUCCUCUCCAAAGAGACAAUUGGUGCCAAAAAGAGCCCUUUGCAGUUAAAUUAGAUGAGGCAUAGCUCAUUCUCACUGCUGAAGUUAUAUAGGGCAGGGAUGAUGUGAGGAUCCUCGUGGGUGCUGAGAGGAUGCCUCGGGGUGGCCAGUGGGAGGGAAUGAUGCCCAUGACCCUCACAUGGAAAUGGUUCGUGUGGAAUCAUUGCAUGCAGCGGCUACACUUGCAGCGGAAGGAACUGGUUGGUAAAACGUGGGAUCGGAUUUGGAGGGCUGGGGUUGGAUGCGGUUGGCACACACCCAGUGGCUGCUACCUCACAGCACAUAUUUUUAGGGCUGGAGGUGGGCAAGACUGAAACACGGACCAAAUCUCAGGCCCUGCAAAGUCUCUGGUUCUGAAUGAGUGAAUGGAACGGAAACUCUGGUAUUCUCUUCUCAAUACUCACAUUUAGAAGUACUUUUAUGUAUGUUACUCAGAUAGAGAAAAGGAGAAAAUUCUGGUAAAAAUGGUAAUUUCUCAGCAUGCUCUAUAAGGAAAGCUGUGGCGCGUUUUAAGGUUCACUGUGCAGUUGUGAUUUAUUUGUCUGCCGACUGCCCCAUUUGCCUGUCUGAUAAUGGAACUACUUACCACUACACGGAAAUUAGAGGCUGGGAUUGUCUUCCAUAUGCUGCAAGCUUGUGGAAGAGCUUUAUGAACUGUGGUAAUAGGUCACAGUUGUUCUAAUUAUUUUCUCGUCUCUACCCUAUUCAUUUCCCCUGAAGAAACUCACUGCACUCAUUGGUUUGGUUUGGGGAAGGCAUUAUGUUUAAUCGUACAUUUCCCUGAGGUUAAAAAAAACAACAAAAAACAAAAGAAUCUAUUCACACUGAGUGUUCGUGAAUUCUUGGCUUCAGAAGCAGUUAAAGUUUCUGAACUGUAGGUGUUUUGUACAUCUAGGCUGCCUUAUUUUAUCUCAUCUCAUUGAAUUUUAGUAGUAAGUUAAGGACGUUGAAUGAAAUAUUUUGUAAGGGUGUAAUGUCUACAUGUGGCUUUACUGAAUUGACAUUCUGGCAUUGAGUUAGAUGCUCACAUUUAAAUGAGGAUAUUCAAUGUGGUUUGAUAGAAAGCAUUCAAAUACAAAUAUCACCAGGAACUAAAUGAAGCAACAAGGAAAAAGAGUGCACUUUUUGGGUUUUGAAAGAAACACCCAUGUUUAUACUUGGCUUUCAGUCAGGUUCUUGGCUGAGACAUUCCCUUUGAUUUUGAGAGGUGUCCAUUUUCGGAACGGGAGAGCAAAUUGGACUUAGCAGGGAAAAAAGAGAUCUCAAGGUUCUAGCAGCCAAAAUCCUGUCCGGCUUUGCCCUGGAGUCUGUCAUCCUUAGGGGAGUGUCUGCCGGGAUCCCUCCAGCCAGGCCCUGCGUAAGCAGACCUUUCUGGUGUAAGACGAGCCUGUCACCCAAAGAUCUGCGGGGCCUGCAGAUCCAGUUCGAUGAUAAUAAGAGCAGAAUGCACAAGCUCAUUUCACGUGGGUCUUUCCAUUCAGUCCUCACUCUCUUCAUUCUGUCCUCAUCAGUCCUCACCAAUCAUGUCCACUUUCAGGGCAUGUGGUAACAGUACAUAGAGGCCACGCUGACAGGCACACACUGUGGAGGAUGCGGGCAUAGAGUCUCUUAUUUCCGGAAUUUUUUAUCCAUGUUCUCAUUUUUUAAAGAUUAGUAUUUGACUCUCAGGGGAUGGUCAAUAUCCAGUUUCUGUAUGUAUGCCAUAAAUACUUUAGUAAAUGGGUGACAGAUGAAAUAUGUAUAAAACAGUACAUUGAAAUACAUAGAUUUAGCAUUAUAAAAUGGGGAUACGUUGCUAUAUUAAUGAGACUAUGUCUUCACAUAAUAAGCUAUAAAAUGACAAUUUGUACAUCAUUGUGUUGCGUAGACCUGGUGGGCCAACACUUUUUGUAGAACCAGAUAAUAUUUUAGACUUCGUGGAAGGAGUGGUCUCUGUGCACUGCUCACCACUGCCAUGCUGUCUGAAAUGAGCCACAGGCAACAGUGAGCAAUUGGCGUGGCCGUCUGCCAAUAAAAGUUUAUUUGCAGUAUUAGCAGAGAACAGACUUGGCCAGUGGGCUUGAGUUCAUCAACCCAUGGUGAAGGCCUAAGCUCUCAGUUCUGAAAUAGCCACAGUCACUUCUGGAAGAGAUGGCCGCUUACUCCUCCCUGGGUGAGCAGACCCUUGCAAACUAGCACGGCAGUCUGAAGUUACCGUCCACAGACCUGCUGCUCGCAGGCAAGCCCUUUGCUGAUGCCUGGGCGAGGUACCCAGCGUGAGCCAGCAGAAGCUUCCACAGAGUCUGAAAGAAGGGUGAAGACAGCAAGGUUGUCACCUCUGUGGAGAUUGGGGCAGAAUUCAAGAGACUCCUAAGAUUUCAAGAAGAGAAAAUGUUUCCAGUGCGUUUGUGGCUGUAUCACCCUGUCUGACUAGAAAUAUCCUGAAAACUGUGUGGGAUGUGACACCACACUAAAUCCACUCGGAAGGGGUAUUUCCACGCCUGGAUACAGGGGGAGUUCUGUCUGUAAAACCGCACAGAUGCCGAAAGAAACGUCUUCCUGGAAGGGUGAGUGAGGCCAGUCAGCAGUCUGUGGGGCAGAGCCGAACGUGGCCACUUGACAGGGCCAGACCACACAACCGAGUGAGGUGGGAUUCCAUUCAGCCUGUUUUCCCCCAUACCCUCUGCAAAUACAAGACAAAAACAUAAACACGUGAAUUUUAAAAAAACAGAACGUGGAGAAUAAAACACCAACCACAAAAGAGAGCAAUUUCCAGUUGCAGGGGACAGGACACCACCAGCUUGAUAAAAAGGUGAAUGUUGGAAAAGAUCUUAAUAAUGCCAUCAAUCUUUUUAAAGCCUCCUUACAAACAUAAGGAGCCUCAGACUUUGAAAAAUCAUAUUUAGGAUGUGAAUCUGUAUCAUACGUCAUUUAGCCGAAACAGAGUAUUAGCUGACAUUUUCCACAGAGAGAACUUGAUAGAAUCAGUGUGUCUUUAAGAUGGUAAUCAGGCUGGGCGCAGUGGCUCACGCCUGUAAUCCCAGCACUUUGGGAGGCCGAGGCGGGUGGAUCACGAGGUCAAGAGAUCGAGACCAUCCUGGUCAACAUGGUGAAACCCCGUCUCUACUAAAAAUACAAAAAAUUAGCUGAGCAUGGUGGUGCGUGCCUAUAGUCCCAGCUACUCAGGAGGCUGAGGCGGGAGAAUUGCCUGAACCCAGGAGGCAGAAGUUGAGGUGAGCCGAGAUGGCGCCAUUGCACUCCAGCCUGGGUAACAAGAGCAAAACUCUGUCUCAAAAAAAAAACAAAAAAACAAAAAAGCAAACAAAAAAAGACGGUAAUCUACAUGGUAAUACAUUAUUACAGAAUAAGUCAAAAGCGGUGAUGGAGAGAGAAGCGGCAGAAACACAGGCUGCAGGGUGCGCUCCUACCGCACAGCCCAACCAGCUCCAAGAGGAAAGGUCUGCUACGCUCAGGAACCGUUCAGGGUCCAGCAGAAAUUUCCUAAAAGUUAUAGGAUAUCAGCCUAGAGAACAAACCCUAAUUCUUCCCGAGCAUCUGCAGAGAAGUCACCCAGCUCCUUGAGCCCGAGCCUGUCUCACCGUCAGUAAAAUGGCCAUAAGAAUUUCUUCUUCACAGAACUGUUGCAGGAUUCCAUGUCGUGUCUGAAACACUGGAUUCCGUCCUUGAGACACAGAAGAUGUUUUAGAAUUUCCCAGAGCUGUGUGGCUUUUGAAAUGAGAUGUGGACAGAAGUACCCGGUUCCCCUCCAGAUGGCAGCUGCCCAAGUGAAGACCUCACCAACUGUGUCACCUUCUCCAGGGCCUUGGGGCUGAGCAUUAGAAAGGUUCGGGGUGGGUCUGGCCUCCAUUAUUUCUUGGAAGUAAGAAGUCCUGGAGAAAGGAGAGUUGCUCUCAGGUAGCAGAGGCACAACCAAGCUGGAACACUGAUUCCGGCUUUGGAGUGAGACAUGCUCAGGGCUGACCACGCUCCACGCCAGCGUCUUUUAUCCAAAGCCCCCCAGGUGGUCGGAAGUGGCUGGAGAACCUGGGGCCCUGAGUGUGGCUUGUUUGUGCUCCUGGCUCUCAGCAUGUCGCUUGCUAUGUCUACUGUGUGGACACCUCAAAAUCAUCAGUCUCAGCAUGGAUGAGUCCAUUAUCUUCUCGGGUAAAGCCUUGUUUUUAUUGGCUCAUCAUUUAGAACCUGCAGUAAGUGUUAUGAAUUGCAAAAGUAGAUCUAGAACUUUCCGCCUGCACGCCAACACACCUAAUGAGCGCUUUUAACUGAAGGUCAAAAGUAGUAGGAGGCUAUGACUAGGCGCUUGACUUCCUAGCGUGCUCACGUACUGCUCUUUUCAAUGAAAUACAGUGCACACCUUCAUCACGCGACCUUCCAUCGUUUCACUGCACACCCCUCUGACCUGGAGCCUCUGGGAUGCCCAUGCUCCCUCUUCCUGUGGGGCCCACACUGUUCUGCAAAGUUGCUCAUAGGUCCACAUGCGCCUCACGAGUCUACACACGGCAAUCCCACUCACGUGAUCACCUGCUUAUCUGAGUUCCUCAUUCGCUGUUGUUUGUGGGUGCAAGUGAAGGGAUGGAACUUAGCCCAUAUCUAAACGAAGUAAAUGCCGACUUUUUAAGAUAAAAUGCAUUGUUAAGUGAAUUAUUUCAAAUGUCCCAUCCAUACAUCAGAAUAUAUUCUUUUGUGCAUUUACAUAACAUGUAAUGUUUUACAAUUUCCCAGACUAUGGGAACUAUGACAUAUGAUGUCAACUAUGACAUGAGAUGUUAUAUAAAAACGGAAUCAGAGAAUUCUGCAGGAAAGCUGUGCUUGCAGAGCCAUUUAGUAAGGGUGGGGGCACAACGACAACCACAACAGAACACCAAGAGAAGGAGCCGCAGAGCCAUGAGGACGGCGCUACCUGAAGGGGAGAAGCUGGGUGUUCCUAGAGAAGGAAUGGGGGGCUAGAGAGUCUCCUCCCUGGCUGGCUCCAAGGACACCUUCUGACUUAGUCAAGGACAGUUCAGAUGUGGGACCAGCAUCAGGAAAGGCCAGAGGUUUGGGAGCAGGACACCGGAGGGAAGGCAGGGUGGGCAUGGUGGGUUUAGGUUAAGCUCUGUAGCUGGUGAGAGUCCAUGGGUGAGUUUAGGCAGAGGAGACAGGGUCUGAUUUUCCAGAAUGGAGUGUGGAUUGGAGGAGCUAAUGCCAGUGCCUGGGGGCAGGGGGGCUGUGGACAGAGUCCAGGAGAAGUUGUUGAGGGUCUCCAGGAGGACAGGGUAUUUGGUUUGAAGAUGAAGGUAUGUGUGAUGGGCUUACAGUCAGCAACGCUGUGCAGAUCAAGGUGGGAUUCGGACAUCGUCAUGCCCAGCAGGGAGGAAGAGAGCGAAGGCUUCACAGUGCAGCUUGGAAAACAUCAACACAUUUUACACUGAACCCCUCAAAUCCUGGGGUUUUCAUCUGUAAAAUAGCGGGGAUGUUUCUCACGUCAUAGGGUUGUUGAGGAUUCCAUAAAGCAGUGGUUGAAAAGCCUGCAGUGCAGAGGCUGGCAGGUAAGUGCCGGCCCUUUAAACCCUGGUUGCCCUCAUCAUUAUUCAGAAAGAACCCAAGGCACAGUUGCUUCACCAUAAAAGAGGAGGCAGAUGCGAUCUGAUUUACACCCGUGUUAUGCUUUAUGUAUUCAAAUCAAAGUGCCUUCACUUCCUAUGCGGCUAUGUGGGAAAUGAAGAGGCACUCUGAACCCAUGCAGAAGAGAAGCAAAACUGUGACUUCACACACACACACACACACACACACACACACACACACACACACUUGCUUGUAUUUGCAUAAAAAAACAAGACGGACAGACAAAGUAACUAAAAGAGAUGUUUGUAUGUGGGGUUAAUAUAGGAAAAGCAGGUUGAGAGGGAAGUGUUUUCAUUGUUCUUGUUCAUUCUUUUAUUCAUUUGUUUCUUUACUUUUGAAUAAUGUAAAUGUAUCUCAUAUUCAAAAAAUAAAGUUUAAAAGAAAAGGGAAGAGUGCUUUCAAAUAAGUAAUCUGAUGUAUCCUCACCGGCCCUUUGUUUUAGGUAGAAAGGGAUUAUUCACGCACUUUUACAAAUGGGGAGGCUGAGGAUCCAUAGCUUACUUAACGUGAUCAAGGUGACAGGCAGUGAUUGGCAGCUCUGGAUUUGAAUUCUGACUGUGAAACCCGUGCACUGCCACCCUUUCCCCUCAUAAUACACAGUCACGCUGGAGGAUUCUUCCUCGAUGUUUACUGCUAACGUAGAGACAGGUUACUCAGUCUAAAUGUUUGGAAUCAGAGAAGAGUGACAACAGAUAAACAAAAUGAAACAAAAUGGCCGAUGGUGGGGGGCGCUGGGAGGCAGGGUGCAGGAGGGUGUGCAAAGAGACUUCCUGUUCAACGAGGACUCACGGAGUGACCAUCAGUUUCUAACUGUGGGAGGGAGAAAGGGACUGGAGAGAAGGAAGGAGGGAAGGAGGAAAAGAGGGAGGCAGGCUACAUGAUUAAGAAAGGAAAUAAGGAGAUGGGGAAGGAAAUACAUAGAAGAAGAGGGAGAAGUUCUCCUCUCAGAUUCUCUGGUUGACGGCGUAUGCCUGAUAAACACUAGUACCUUUUAAUAGCUUUACUUUUCCCCAUAGCUCACAUAGUAUUUCAUGUAUGCUCUCCCUUCUAAACUUACCUAAUUUAAAACUUGCUUUACAAAGUAUAAAAUAGAAGAUUUUAUUAUGAUUUACUUAUUCAAUAAUGAAGGUCAGAAUCUCAAAAUUAUUUUUAGAAGGUAUUUUUGAAUACAACUUCCAAGAAGUCGCUAUGAGGUGACAAAGUGAGAAAAGCGGUGAUUGCGGAAGAAAUCCUUUAGAAUAAUAAAGGAAAACAUGAUUUCAUGUCUUAGUUAUGUUUAUACAUUGAAACAGCUAUAAAGAACAUAUGGACAAUUGGGGAAAUGUGAAUAUUCCCAACAUUUUAUGUUUUAUGAUAUGACUUACCUAAUAUUAACUUUUCUGUUGAAGUUACACAUGGAUUAUACGGGAGAAGGUUUUUUUCUUAGAAGGUAAACGUUGACAUAUUUAGGUGUGAGCUUGCCACAAUGCCUGUGAGGUUCAGGAAAAUGUGUGUGUGGCGUGUGGAUGUCUGUGUGCACCUGUGUGUGUGUGUGUGGCAUGUGGAUGUCUGUGUGCACCUGUGUGUGUUUGUGAGUGUGUGUAGUGUGUGGAUGUCUGUGUGCACCUGUGUGUGUGUCUGUGUGUGUGGGGGGUGUGUGGAUGUCUGUGUGCACCUAUGUGUGUGUGUCUGUGUGACUGUGUGGCAUGUGGAUGUCUGUGUGCACCUGUGUGUGUGUCUGUGUGAGUAUGUGAGGCAUGUGGAUGUGUGCACCUGUGUGUGUCUGUGUGUGUGUGUGGCGUGUGGAUGUCUGUGUGCACCUGUGUGUGUGUGUAUGUGUGGCGUGUGGAUGUCUGUCUGCACCUGUGUGUGUGUGUGGCAUGUGGAUGUCUGUGUGCACCUGUGUGUGUGUCCGUGUAUGUGUGGCAUGUCGAUGUCUGUGUGCACCUGUGUGUGUGUGUCUGUGUGGCGUGUGGAUGUCUGUGUGCACCUGUGUGUGUCUGUGUGUCUGUGUGUGGGGGGGUGUGUGGAUGUCUGUGUGCACCUGUGUGUGUAUGUGUAUGGUGUGUGGAUGUCUGUAUGCACCUGUGUGUGUGUGUGUGUGUGUGGCGUGUGGAUGUCUGUGUGCACCUGUGUGUGUGUGUCUGUGGGGGGUGUGGAUGUCUGUGUGCACCUGUGUGUGUGUAUGAGUGUGUGUGUGUGCGUGUGUGUGUGUGGUGUGUGGAUGUCCAUGUGUGUGUGUGGCUCGUGUGAAUGUCUCUUUGUGUGUGUCUAUGGUGUGUGGAUAUGUGCAUCUGUAUGUGUGUGUAUGUGCAUGUGUGAGUGGUGUGUGGAUGUCUGUGUGCAACUGUGUGUGCAUAUGUGGCAUGUGGACAUGUGUGUGUGUGCACGCGCGGCACGUGCGGAUGUCUCUUUGUGUGUGUGUAUGGCAUGUGGAUGUGUGCACCUGUAUAUGUGUGUGUGUAUGUGCUUGUGUGUGUGAUGUAUGGAUGUCUGUGCCUGUGUGUGUGUGUGUGUGUGUGUGUAUGUGUUGCGAGUGGAUGUCUCUGUGUGUGUGUGUGUGUGUGGCAUGUGGAUGUCUGUGUCCACCUGUGUGUGACUCUGUGU